AUGAAAGUCGGACUUUUUUUGAUUCGAAUCGUUGCAUGUCAGUUCACCUACGAGCGAUUGAAGAAGAAAUGUAGACGAAAUCCAGGUGACUGGAUUUGUCAAAAAUAUUUUCCGCCAGAACCAGUUCAACCUCCUGUUGUCGAGCCGGUUGAGCCGAGUACCAGACGCGUAUCACCUGUGCUGUUUGUUGUUCUUCUUUGCCUGUUUGUGCUCUCGUGCUGCUACAAAUGUUACAAGAGGGGCGCGCUCAAUGCAUUCAACGAGUGCUGUAAAUGCUGCAAGUGCGAGAUUGAGGAUGACCGAGAAAUACCACUUGAAGAACAAGGCGGACAGCAGCAAGAAGAGCCACCGCAGCAAGAAGAGCCACAGCAGCAGCAGCAAGCGCCACAACAAACUCAACAAGAAGAACAGCAAGCAGAAACUGAUCCUUUGAUCAACACAUCCAAUAUGGAAGUUGAACAUCCACUUGCGAUUCCACCUGUGCCAAAACCAGUGCGAACAGAUGAGCGAGCUCCACUUUUGCCCAAUUAUUGGAACACUCAAUCACUUCAACAACAACAGAACGUUAACAACCUCACAGUCUUCAAUUCACUCACCAACUUGAGCCCAACUUCAGCUGCCUAUGUCAAGAACGCUUUGGAGAAUCGACAGCAAGAAAAACUUAUGCUGUCCAAUUAA